CGGAGAGGCUACUUUCCACGAAGUGGUAGUAGAUGAAGACGAGGCUCUCGGGAACAAGCUUGGAAUGGAUUCAGAGAGCCACCAGGCCGUCCUAUCGCUCAUUCACUCAACCUCCAUCAUGUCAGCCCGGCCGGACGUGGUGUCCACAACAAGGCACUUAGACGACUUCCUGCGUGCAGACACGCCCUUGCCCAAAAUUCUCGAACCUGAGAUCUUGCCAAUAUUUCCAACCUUUCGGCAGCCAGGGCAAAGUCUGGCGCAGCUAAGAUCCGGAGAAAAUCCCUUCAUGGCGUCUUUGGAGGCCGUGGCCCACCAUCCGGAACCGUGGUUAUCCCGGGUAGACAUUCAAGAAGAGGAUGAGGAUGACCUGGACAACGAACACCUCGUCGUUGCUGGCGGAUGGCAUGCGUUCAAGACGCCGUCUUCUCCCUUGACCUUGGGCACGCCGUCCCUCGCGGAUAGCUCUAGCGACGUCGACGAACUUUUCCUUCGAUCGUCGCAAGAGGCGGUGUCGCAAGAUGAUUUCCUUCCUAUGGUGCCAACUCUGCGCCCUCCAAACGAACAUCCUACUGGAGUCUCGCCACCUACCCGGUUAUCCGAUUUACUCCUCUCCGGCAGACCGGGUCACGCUAUCGCCCUCUCUGGUGUUAAUCAGACGACGCAUACAAGGGACUGUACGAGCUUCCUGCAGAAAGUCAAGGGUCUGCAGUCGCUGCAACUCGAGCUGAGCUGGAUUCCGUUCAAGUAUGGUCGCACAAUUCCUACGGACGAAGAGGUCGCCGAUGUAGCCGACGAACUAUCCCUGCAUCUUGCAAAGGCCAUCGAACUUCCGCGGGACGAAAUCGCACGCCGUCUUUCAGAGCUCUUGGACGAUAACUCGAUGCUUUCUCUAUCUCAGUCGGCAGAUAGUACUGGGCCCGAACGAGUUUGGGAGCUGGAUGACGAAGUCGACCUGCAUGACUUUGCCAUAUCGAAUCAUCUUGAUGAGCCCAGUCUCAUACUGACUCGCGCCGACCGGAGACGGCUAGCAGGUCUUCCUCUGGUGGAUUGGAGCGAGGCCAACGAGGAUGUCGGAGGUAGCAAUGAAGACAAGGAGCAAACCAAUAGCAGCUCCCCUAUCGAGCGACCCCGAAAGAAGGUGAGAUUUGAAGAGCCGGGUAAUGUCCAUGUCUUUCCGGGUGCGUCUUUCGGAGAGGCUCCUGACAAACCGACGAGCCUGACGGAGCUCGGGGACGCUCCGACGGAACUUGACGAGUCUGGUGUCUUCCUCACGGACUUGGGAACCCUUGGCGACUCCCGAUGUGAUCUCAGUAGCACCUCCUUUGUGCAAAUGGCUUAUGAAACGGAAGGAUUUAACGGGCCUACCACCGACGGAGACCUUUUCCUUGACAUGCAUCCAGAUCACUCCUACGACCUCGGCUCCGGGAAUUUGCUCUCGAUGGACUUCUCGAACCUCCUUGCGUCUCCGAAUAUUGACUGCGCGUUUCCUAUUGAGUCGCUACUCGAUGGCCGUAUUUUCGCUCCCGCGAAUCUCGAAUACGUACGGACUCCGCCAAAUGUGGCUGCGGCUGCGGACCCGCCUAGCCCAGGACGUGUUACUCGCGACUCUCGGAGUCUAUCCGCCACGCUUGCCGACCCUGCUUGCCGACCCCCCACGGCACCCACUGCGGACUGCGAGAAGUUGCAAAGCUCAUACUUGCCUUCGGCCGUGAUGGUCAAGGACGACAAAUUGCGGCCGUCUUCCCCUGCCCCUACUCUACAUGUUCUCUCCACUGGUCAAUCGCUUGCUCAGUAUCUAGCUCUAUGUGGAAAGGCGUGCUCAAACAUUGGUGCUGAAGCUCCCGCGUCUGUUUCUGGAAGUGAGGACAGCGACUCUAUGGCCGCUGGCUCUGCCACGAAACCAAUCGCUUCCUGCGCCCCUCGGGGCAUUCCUACUGAAGUUCUCGAUGAUCGCACUAUCGGCCUCCAAGGCGAUCACGGACUGCCACAUACUCAGCACAGAUAUAUGGCUUCGCUGACCCUGAUCCAGAAACGUGCGCUCGUCCGAGCUCUCGCCUCCUACUGCGCCAUCGAACUCAUCGAACGCGAACACCUCGGCGGCGGCGACGUGGCUUCUGAGUCGGAAGACUUGAUCCUGGACUGCGAUACUGCGGUCAUCUUUGCUUCAUUGGAGUUGUUGCCUGCUCGGGCGUCUGGUUUGCUCUCACUGCUGAGCCGACUGUCCUGGCGCUACCUUCGCUUACUACUUGUCUUCGAGUGCUACCCGUCUGCUUGGGACUUCGCCGGCCCCGUGAACAGGACGGUCGUUGACCAUUUCGUCGCAAGUGUAUGGAGUCCGCCUGUCGUGAAGGCGGUCAAGAAUUUCAAGAGAGAUCUGUCGAUAGCCGAAGGUCUGCAGACCAAGCGCGAGACAUGCGUCGUGGAGUACGCGUUCGCAAAGUCGGUCGAAGAAGCUGCCGUCUUUGCAAGGCAAUACGGAGACUCCGCCGAGGCGCGAGACGUGACCGGCGGGGCAAUCUGGGGCCAGCGGCUUUGGCUAACCCACGAGGACCGCGAUGGAGAAUACGACCUGUGUGGAGUGGACGGCAUGAAUCUGUUCGCUUCAUCCCUGUUGCUAUCGCAAGUGAGUUUAGAAGACUUCCUGGAGACGACACCUGAAGACAGGCUUCGGGACUAUGGAGGUCUUCUCAGUGUGGAGAGAAUCGCGCGCUUUAACGUCGAGACGGCGCGGAGACUGGAGGCCAUGCAGCUUCCACCUUCGUCGCCGAUCUCAGCAACGAAUGGGAAUAGCUCGUCCUCGUUGUACAGUGUGCCGAUUCUGGGUGACAGCGAGAUAGAUUGA